AUGUCAAGUGAAAUAACAACAAUGGAUACUGCUGCUGUAAUCGAGAUAACGACAGAUGAAAAUAAUGAACAAAUUAAUUUAGAUGAAAACGAAAUUACUACUAUUUCAAAUGUAUCCCAUCCAGAAAGAAAUUCUAUUCAUGAAAGUAUUGGAUCAGCAAUUAAUGAUUCUUCAAUUAUACGAAUAGAUCCUGAUAAAACAUUAACAAAACCUAUUAUAGCUUGUUUAAUAUUCGCUCUAUAUACAUGUAUAGUAAUGGUUAUUGCAAUUAUUAUUGUAUGUUUAAGUUCUCCAAAACAAAGUUACACAUGUGUACCUACUUUUAAAUUAACAGUUGAAGGUGUAGUUGGAUAUAAUUCCCGACCUCGUUCAAUUGCUCUGGCAGAUUUUAAUCAAGACAAUAAAUUAGAUAUUGUUGUAGCAAAUUCUGAUAAAGAUAAUAUUGGAAUAUUUAUUCAAAAUUUCAACGGAACAUUUCAAACUCAAAUAACAUAUUCAACUAAUUUAAAAUCUUCUCCAUAUUCAGUUAUUGUUAAUGACUUUAAUCAAGAUAAUUUCUUUGAUAUCGUUAUUGCAAAUUAUGGAAAUAAUAAUAUUGGUAUAUUUCUUGGAGAAAAAAAUCUAACAUUUCAAAAUAUGACAACAUUUUCAACUGGAAAUUUACAUCCAUUUUAUCUUAGUUGUGGAGAUUUUAAUAAUGAUAAUAAAUUAGAUAUUGUUUCUAUUAAUUAUGGAACAAAUAGCAUUAGUAUUUAUUUUGGAUUUGGUAAUGGAAAUUUUUCAAAUGAAACAAAUUAUUUUCUAGGAUAUGAUUCAAUUCCGUAUUCAUUAUUUAUUGCUGAUUUUAAUAAUGAUAAAUUCUUAGAUUUAGCUAUUGCAAAUUAUGGUACAAAUAAUAUAGCUAUUCUUUUUGGAAUUGCUGAUGGACUAUUUUCAACACCGAUUAUUUAUUCGACUUAUUAUGGAUCACAACCAUCUUCAAUUACUGCUGCUGAUUUAAAUGAUGAUAAUGUACUUGAUUUAAUUGUUGCUAAUUCAGGUACAUUUAAUAUAGGCAUAUUUUACGGUUAUAAAAAUGGAAGUUUUCAACAACAACAAAUGUGUAUUCUUGAUGAUAUAUCUCGUCCACAAUUUGCUACUAUUGGUGAUAUGAAUAACGAUAAUCAAGCAGAUAUUGUUAUUUUAGAUUCAACUAAUGGAUAUGUACAAGUACUUCCUGGAUUUGGCAAUGGAUCUUUUAAUAAUUUAACAACAUAUUAUAGUGAAGAUGAUACUCUUCCAUUUGCAGCAGUUAUUGGUGAUAUUAAUAAUGAUAAUCAAUCAGAUAUUGUUAUUGUUAGUUAUGAAGCAAAUGUAGUAGUGAUUUAUACUGGUUAUUCAAAAUCAUAUUCUGUUACUAAAAAACAAUAUUCUGUUGGAUAUGAUUCAAAUCCAACAUUUGUUGCUUCUGCUGAUUUUAAUUCUGAUCAACAUUUAGAUAUAGUUGUUACUAAGAGUAAUAUUGAUAGUAUAGGAAUAAUGAUUGGAUAUGGAAAUGGUAGCUUUUAUCCAGAAAUAUCUUAUACAUUUGAAAGUCAAAGUUCUCCAACUUGUUUAUGUAUUGGAGAUUUUAAUAAUGAUGGUCGAUCGGAUUUAGCAGUAUCGAAUUAUGGUACUCAUAAUAUUGGUAUACUUCUUGGGAUUGGAAAUGGAACUUUUACAAAUAUGACAACAUAUCCAACUGGUAAU